AUGCUUCCGAGACACAUGAGCACACAGAUGCUCCUGAGAGGCUGCAGAUGGCCUAAACAGAUGAAUUUGAGGUUUCUUUCGACGCCGCCUUCAGGUGAACCCACUGAGAAGCCUCAACCAGAGAAGAAACUCUCUCCUGAGGAGGCCAAAGCGGAAGCUGCCAAAGUCCACGUUCAAACACUUAAAGACAUGGGAUCUAUUUUUUCUUCAGAGGGAAACGACGACGCUACCCAGCCCAUUGAUACGGCGCCAAUCUUUGAAAACCCUAAGCUUUUUGGCCCCUUGAGUCUUUUACACCAGGGCCAGGUCUUGAAAGAGCUCCAAGAUAAGUACGAUAAGAAGUGGAAGAAGCUCACAGAAACUGAUAAGAAGCUUGGAUACUACAUUGCAUAUGGUGAUUGGGGCGUACGUGAGAAGUUCACUAACUGGAACACGUUGGAACCACCACUUGACCUUCCCUUUACUGUUCCAUCUAAGAUCCGGACCGCUACGCCUAAACCAAGUGAUCCAAUCAAGAAACUCGAGCCAGUGAUUCUUGCAGAGACUCCUGUAAGAAAGGAACAGUUUGAUAUCAAGAAAAUGGACCCUGUGACCAAGACGUUUAUUUACAUUACCGUUUUCAUAGCCAUGUUGGCUCUUGCUAGAGAUAAGAAGAUUGGCGAGGAAGGCAAGCCCACUGAAGUCUUGAUUGAGGAUAAACAGGCUAUGGAAAGGGCGGAGAAGAGAGCCAGGGAAGAAUUGGAGAAGAAGGUUGAGCCCCCUAAACCUGGCAAAAAGUGGUACUACUUAUGGCUCAGAUAG